AUGAAUAGACUACAUGCCGAUCCUCACUUGGACCAAUGUCCAGACUUUGCCUCUGUGGAAUUUCUCGCGGUUCGAGCCCCCCUCUUGAGUCCCGCUAUUGACAACACACAGGCUGCAGCUCUUCUACAAACGUUCUGGGUAGCCACCAAUGCUGCCCUUAAGCUUCAAUGGCAUCAACAACUUGCAGCUGACGAACUCAUUGCAGCGGAGCGUCGGCGUUUACUCCUCGAGGAAGACGCACAACGUUUACUUGCACAGCAAAUCGAAGACGCAGCGGUUGCUGCCGAAGAGAAGAAAAAGAACCGCAUCCAUCACAUUCCCAUUCCAGACCGGCCUCGCCCUCAACGCAAUGCCGCUGAGUCUGUUCUCGUUUCCGAUUUUGCCCUUCGCAAGCUCGACAAGGCCCAGUUCGUCGAACUGUACUACUGGACGAAUCGCGGGUUAGCGGCCGCACGCCUAGACUAUCGCACCCUGGACGAUGACAGUCUGGUACCCACCGCAGGUGCGGAUGGUUCGACCACUUGGACUUCCGCAAGCGCUUCUAGGCCGGCUGCGGGCGUCAUCGCUGAUCAUCUCCUUUCCCCACUCGAUUUUUCCAGAGCCGUGCCACGUUUCAUAGCUUCACUCCAAGAAAGGGGUUGGAUCAACUCACGUGUAGUGAUGUUGGCCAACUUCUUUGGUGCCUUGAUGGUACACCCCUAUUGGUCAUCAGACGACGUCUUCGAGCAGAGAGCCAUCUUAACUUACCAAGAAGAACAACGUAGGGCCUGGCAUCAAGCCAUC